UAAAACUAAAAAAGAAAAACUAUAAAAAUGUCAUCUAGUUCAGAUAUUUAUAGUCAAGCUUGUAGUUUCCGUACAAUACAAUCUGAUAAAAAUGGGUUUUUUAGGGAGUUUUAUGAAGAAGUAAAAGAAUCAUGCGGUGAAAAAUGGCUUAAAAAUUAUUUUGGUCAAUUUAAAUCAGAUCAAGCAAGAAUUCUAUCUAUAUUUAAUGAUCGUGAAAUAAGUGAUAUCGUUAUGGGUAUAUUGGAAAAUGUUCAAUCGGUUUAUAAAAAGAAAGAUGCAACAUUUUCGGCACAACGUAGAAUUCAAGCUGAAAAAAGUUUCCUUUUGGGUGAUUAUUCAAAAGCAUUAAUACUCAUCAAUCAAGCGAUUCUACGAGCUCCAGAAAAAGGUGCUGAUAAAGAAAUAGAUGGUGGUUUAACAUUAGCUUUAGCUUUAUGGCAAAGAUCAAGUAUUCUUAUAGAAAUGGGAGAAGGAGAACGUGCUUUAGCUGAUUUAAAAUUAACAACAACAUUCGGUUUAAAUACAAAACAAAAUCCAGAAUUUUAUAUAAAAAUGGCAAAAGCUUAUACAUUAAUGGGUGAAAAUGCUAGAGCCAAAGUUUCCUUAGGAGUUGCUGAAUCAUUUUUAGCUGGUAAUGAAAUUAAAAUUGAGAAAGCACGGAAUGAAAUCGAACAAAUCAAUCCAACAUUGAAAAAAGUUCAAAAACCUAAAGUUCCAUCAUUAACUGGUGGUGAAAAUUCAGAAUUAAAAGGUGCAUCAAAUCUAUUAACACUUGCCGAAAGUCCUGAUAAAGGCCGGUAUAUAAUUGCAAAAGAUAACCUCAAAACUGGAGAUAUUGUUUUGACAGAGGAACCUAUAGCUGCUUGCCUUUUACCAAAUUAUUAUGGAACACAUUGCCAUCAUUGUCUACAGAGGUUAAUUACGCCAAUUGGUUGUUACAAAUGUUCUGGAGUUGCAUUUUGUAGUUAUGAUUGUAUGACUGAGGCAUUUAAAACUUAUCACAAAUAUGAAUGCCAAUAUACCGAUUUAAUGAUUGGUUCUGGCAUGUCCAUUCUAUGUUAUAUUGUAUUGAGAAUAUUUACACAAUCAAAAACUAUAGAUGAUGGUCUACAAUUGUCUAAUGAACUUAUCACAAAAUUAUGCACACACAAUAAUUUACGACAACCAGAAGAUUUUUUGGCACGUGGAUUAAUGGCUGCAUUUUUAUUACGUUGCCUUCAAAAAUCUGGUUAUUUUGGUAUACGUAUAACGGAGGGUGUUAAUCCAACAAGUAAAGAAAUUCAAGUUGCUACCGCUCUCCUUGGUUUAUUACAAGUUGUUCAAUAUAAUGUACAUGAAAUUUAUGAAACAAUUUUAACUAAUGAGCAUCGUUUUGAUGGUUCAAAAGUUGUAUAUAUUGGUGCUGGUUUAUAUCGUGUUGGAUCAUAUUUUAAUCAUGAAUGUUGGCCAGGAGUUGCAAGAUAUUUUUGUGGUAAAUCAAUUAUUUUAGCAUGUACGCAUCCAGUUAAAAGUGGUGAUACUGUAUAUGAAAAUUACGGUCCCGUUUUCACAAAAAUGAUACUUAAGGAACGACAACAAAAUUUAAAAGGACGUUAUUUGUUUCAAUGUAAUUGUGAUGCAUGUCGAGAAAAUUGGCCAACACUACAAAAAUUAGAUAAAAUGGUUAGAUUCAGGUGCACUACUGCAAAUUGUGACAACAUAAUAAAAUUUCCAAAAGAUAUUAAUAAAGAUGUACGAUGUACAAAAUGCCGGAAAAAUAUUUCAUUGAAGGAAAGUGUACUUACGGUUAUUAAAGCUGAAGAACUUUAUAGACAAGCAGCAAAAUCAAUGAAAGAACAAGAUACAGAAGCAGCUAUUGAUUUUUUCAAAGAGGGUAUAGAUUUAUUUUAUCAGGUUGCUGUACUACCACAUAAGGAUACAUUGAUUGCACAAGAAUCAUUAAGAUCAUGUUACGGAGAUACUGCAAAUGUUUCUUCUGUUAUUGCUGAAGCAAAUAUUUAAUGAUGAAAAGAAUGUCUUUAUAACUAUUUUAGAAAAUUAGAAAAUGACUGAAUAAGAAUUGCUUUUAGAAAUUAAUUUUUUUUUUUCAAUCAUUUUAUUGUUGUAUAGUUGCAUAUUAUAUUGUA